CUCCCUCACUGUUAAAAGAGAGAGAGAGACCCUAUGCUUUUUUGGCAUCAGUUUCCCUUGACUUCAGGGCCAUGAGCUUCUGCAGCCCCUUCUCGGUCCCCUUCACCAGCUGAGGGCUAAAGUGACGUCCCCGCAAACUGAACCAUGCCAUGUGCCCAGAGGAGCUGGCUGGCAAGGCUUCCUUUCCUGCUCCAGGUCCUUAACUUCCAGGCGCUGUGUUGUACUAGACUCCCCCAACCUGGCACUUUUUACUUUCCGGACAAGCGGCAAGAAAGCUUUAUCAAGACAUUACAAGAAUAUCAUCUGGUGGGACCCGUGAGGGUAGACAAAAGUGGCCAUUUUGUAUCUUAUGCUCUGAACCACCAUGUCACCAAUGCCAGGAGGAGGAGAGACCUCAGGGGAAAAGAUGAUUGGGUGUAUUACAAAAUUUCUCAAGAAGGCAAGGACCUGUUCUUUAACUUGACUGUCAGUCGGGGAUUUCUCUCCAAUAACUACGUACUGGAGAAGCGAUAUGGAAACCUCACAGGGGCCAAGGUGUCCUUUCACUCAGGAACCUCCUGCCAUCUCACUGGUACAGUGCUGCAGCCAGAAACCGGCUAUGGAGUGGCAACAAUCAGUGUCUGCAAUGGACUGACUGGAUUUUUUCGUCUGCCUCAUGGAGACUAUUUCAUCGAGCCUGUUAAAGAAUUUCAAUUUGUGGAAGGAACACACCAUCUGCACAUUAUCUACAGGAGACCAGGCCAUCCAGAUUUCCCGCAGCAGAAGCUGGAAACCCUCAAGGUUGUGCAUCCAGCCUGUGGACUAAACGAUAGUUUCAGCACUUCCAAGCAACAAGAAAUCCAGAAGGAAAGGAGGGAGAAAAAACACUUGUCCAGCAGAAGGCUUUCUCGACGUUCUAUCAGCAAAGAGCGGUGGGUGGAGACGCUGGUUGUAGCAGAUACGAAGAUGAUUGAAUACCAUGGUAGCGAAAAUGUGGAAUCUUACAUCCUCACAAUCAUGAAUAUGGUCACAGGGUUGUUCCAUAACCCAAGCAUUGGCAAUGCUGUUCAUAUCGUUGUGGUUCGUCUCAUUCUUCUGGAGGAGGAAGAGCAAGGAUUGAAAAUAGUUCACCAUGCGGAUAAGACGUUAGCCAGCUUCUGCAAAUGGCAGAAGAGCAUCAACCCUAAGAGUGAUCUCAACCCUAUACACCAUGAUGUGGCUGUCCUCAUAACCAGAAAGGAUAUUUGCUCUGGAAUGAAUCGUCCCUGUGAAACUUUGGGUCUGUCUCAUCUCUCUGGCAUAUGCCAACCUCACCGGAGUUGCAAUAUCAAUGAAGAUUCUGGGCUUCCUCUAGCAUUCACCAUUGCCCAUGAAAUCGGACACAGUUUUGGCAUCCAGCAUGAUGGAAGAGAAAAUGACUGUGAGCCUGUUGGAAAACACCCAUAUAUCAUGUCCAGACAAAUCCAGUAUGAUCCUACUCCCUUGACCUGGUCCAAAUGCAGUAAGGAAUACAUCACUCGCUUCCUAGACCGUGGAGGGGGCUUCUGUCUGGAUGACAUCCCCAAAAAGAAAGGUCUGAAGUCCAAGGUCAUUGCUCCCGGAGUGAUCUAUGACAUUCACCACCAGUGCCAACUUCAGUAUGGCCCUAAUGCUUCCUUCUGUCAGGAAGUUGACAAUGUAUGUCAGACCCUCUGGUGCUCGGUGAAAGGUUAUUGCCGCUCUAAAUUGGAUGCUGCUGCUGAUGGAACACGAUGUGGAGAAAAGAAGUGGUGCAUGGCUGGCGAGUGCAUUACAGUGGGAAAGAAACCAGACAGCAUCCACGGUGGAUGGGGGGCCUGGUCUCCCUGGUCCCACUGCUCUCGGACCUGUGGGGCAGGUGCCCAGAGUUCUGAGAGACUAUGCAACAAUCCAGAGCCUAAGUUUGGAGGAAAAUACUGCACGGGGGAAAGAAAGCGCUAUCGCCUGUGUAAUAUCCUCCCAUGCCUCAAGGAGACGCCUUCCUUUCGGCAGAUGCAGUGCAGCGAGUUUGACACAGUUCCCUACAGGAAUGAGUUCUACCAGUGGUUUCCAGUCUCUAAUCCAGAACGACCCUGCGAACUCUAUUGCCGACCCAUAGAUGGCCAAUUUUCUGAGAAAAUGCUAGAUGCUGUUGCUGAUGGUACACCUUGCUUUGAAGGAAGCAACAACAGAAAUAUCUGUAUUAAUGGCAUGUGUAAGAUGGUUGGCUGUGAUUAUGAAAUAGAUUCCAAUGCGACAGAAGAUGGUUGUGGAGUCUGUUUGGGGGAUGGUUCAGCCUGCCAGACUGUGAAGAGGAUGUUCACCCAGAGUGAAGGAUUUGGUUAUGUGGACAUUGGGCUGAUUCCAAAAGGAGCCAGGGGCAUCAAAGUUGAGGAAAUUGAAGAAGCUGGAAACUUCCUGGCUGUAAGGAGCGAAGACCCAGAAAAGUAUUACCUGAAUGGGGGAUUCAUUAUCCAGUGGAAUGGAGACUAUAAACUAGCUGGAACGGUGUUUCAGUAUGACAGGAAAGGAGACCUGGAAAAUCUGAUUGCAGCAGGCCCCACCAAUGAGUCAGUGUGGCUCCAGCUUCUCUUUCAGGUGAAUAACCCUGGGAUAAAAUAUGAGUACACAAUUCGGAAAGACAGCCAUGAAAACGACAUUGAGAAGCCAGAGUACUUUUGGCAAUAUAGCAGCUGGACAGAUUGCAGUGUAACCUGUGGGACUGGUAUCCGCCGGCAAACUGCCCUCUGUGUGAAGAAGGGGAAAGGCAUGGUCAAAGCCUCAUUUUGUGAUCCAGAAGCCCAGCCCAACAGGAGGCAAAAGAAAUGUCAGGAGAAGGAUUGCCCUCCCAGGUGGUGGGCAGGAGACUGGCAGACCUGUUCAACCACCUGUGGUCCUCGAGGGGAGAAGAAGCGAAUGGUCCUCUGCAUCCAGACAGUGGGAUCAGAUGAACAGGCCCUGACCGCCAAGGAAUGUCAGCAUCUGCUCAAGCCAAAGUCCUUCAUUUCCUGCAAUAGAGAUGUGCUGUGUCCAUCUGACUGGACAGUUGGAAACUGGAGUGAGUGCACGGUUUCCUGUGGUGGAGGAGUACGCAUCCGCAGCAUCACGUGUGCCAAAAACAGUGAUGAACCAUGUGAUGUAACCAAGAAACCAAAUAGCCGGGCACUCUGUGGCCUCCAACAGUGCCCUCCAAGCCGAAAAUUCUCCCGGCCUCUCCUGCAUCCCAAUCCAGGGACACUCUUUAACAAGAGGAAUCCAUUCCGGCCUACCCAAGAACCUCUGGGACUCACCCUUCCGCCCAUGCCUAGUCAGAGGUCUUUGACAUCACCCACUGUGCCAGGAUCAAGGAGCUGGUGGCCCUUGAGGCCCACUCCCCCUGGCCCCAUGACAUCUUCUCCAGAAGGAUCAUCACAAAGAACAUUCCCAAACAAUUUGACCCAAUCAGAGAACCAUGACCCCUUUGUCUCUCCUGGAAACACUACUCAGCAGAAUAGUACUCCCUGGCUGAUGAGCAUAACACCGAGAACUGACCGAACAACCAACUACUACCCAAAAGAGAGUAUUUCCGUUUCAGAAACAGGUGCCACCUCAGAAGGGCCCAGCACCAGCAAUGACCUCAUCUUACCACAUACCAUGAGCCCAGGGAUUUUUCAAGUGACCCCAGGGUAUGACUACUUGACGGAAGAGCCAGAGACCGAGACACCCAGUGGAUCGGGAGAAGCAGAUGAAGCACCUACGGACAAAUCCCAAAGCAAUCCUAUCAUAUGGACUGAGAGUGAAAGAUUCAAAGUUGAAACCCCUUCUAUAAAUAGCACUCAAACAUCUUUUCAGCUGUCUACCCCACCUUAUCUCAGUGCAUCUUCCAAGUCAUCUUCAAAAAGUCCAGCAGAGGGGAACUUACUUUCUUCAACAAGAGCCAGCCCUGAAGAUACCCCACUCCAAUUCAGCAUCCCAGGGACAGAAAAGCCCUUGACUGAGACGUUGUUGCCAGAUGGGAGAGAUGAACAGACAUCACAGGAUAAGUUUGUCACCUCUAAAGAAUUGGAACCCUCAAACAAUGAGACUUUGGUACAGGGUACUGACUCUCAGCUGACUGAAGAGGAUGCAAAAAACCUUAUUGCUGAGGGCUUUUUGCUGAAUGCCACAGAUUACAAGCACCUGGAAGGGGUCACCACAACACAAAAGACUACUUACUGGGUUGUGGGCAACUGGAGUGAGUGUUCUACUUCCUGUGGCCUGGGGGUUUUCAGGAGGCCGGUGGAAUGCAGCACUGGAAAAGAUGCAGAUUGUGACUCCAUUCAAAAGCCUGACCCCACAAGGCGAUGUCACCUUCGUCCAUGCGCCAGAUGGAAAACGGGGAACUGGAGCAAGUGCUCCAAGUCAUGUGGCGGUGGUGUUAGGGAGAGGCCAGUGCGUUGCCCAGGACAUCACUGUGACUGGAAGAAGAAACCUAACUCUUCUGUCCGAUGUAAUGACCACCCUUGUUCUCGCUGGGUCACUGGAACCUGGAAUGUGUGCCCUGUUUCAUGUGGAGGUGGCAUUCAGCAAAGGAUUGUACAGUGUAUUAGCACAGAGAACAAUACAACGCAGGACCACAGCCUAUGUGAACAUGAACCUAAACCUCUCAAGUUGCAGAAGUGUAACACCCAGGAGUGCAGGAUAAACACUGAUCUUCCGUGCAGCAGUGAUAAGCUGUCAGCUCAUUUCUGCCAGAAGCUGAAAGCCAUUGGGAAAUGCUUCGCCCCGGCUGUGAGGGUUCAAUGCUGCCAUACCUGCCCCAGACCUCCGAUGCUCCACUCCAGAAGACACAGGAGCCAGCGAGGCCUUAGAAAACCCAAAUUUCUCUGAGUGCAGCCUGAGACCAUCCUCCACCAAAGACGGCAACAGUCUGCUGGGCAUGAUGAGCGACUUGGGUACUGGCUACAACAUUCAAGGUUCCCGUUUUCAUCUUUUAUUUGAAACAUGGAUCCCUUCACCCCUUCCCAGACAGGAAAAAAUCAACACCCAGAUGAGGAAACUCUGCCUGAAAAUAAUCGCACUGCCUUCCUCUAGCCCUCAGCAUGAUCUACUGUCAAAAGAUGUGGGGACGUACUGUAGCAUCUGCCAACCCUAGGGGGAUGAUGAGUUGCCUGGGACGUCCAGGGAAUGGGUUCCAUCGUUCUUUACUGAGUGUGGGCAUGGGGAACACCAGAAUCUAGAGGUUAGAUGGCAAUAUAGCUCUGCCUUACUUAAGGAA